AUGUUGGCCUCGGCCACGGCCUGCCACGCGGCAUUCCGCCCGGGGUGUGAGGACGCCUCAUGGGACGCGGACACGGACUAUUUUCUGGACAAGUACGACCCCAAGGAUGAGACCCUCCCCAUCGCCCCGACGUACAACAAGACGUUCGUGGCCAUCAGGAAUCGACAGCGGAGGCACGUGGUGCUGCACUGCACCAACGAGCCUCCGCCACGAUCCAUCGUGGGUGAGGAAGCGUUGAUGGUGAAGGUGCCCGUCACGAGCGUGGCGGCGCUUGAUGGCUUUAGCCAGACGGUCAUAGAGAUGCUCGGACUGUCGUCCACCAUCAAGCGCACCGGGGCGUACUCAGACGUCACCAGCUCCUGCAUCCGCGGCAACAUGAUGAACAACGUGACGUACGACGACGACAACUGGGACAAGGCCGACCCGGUCAACGUGACGUUUUACGGCGACUGGACGCGACAAGACAAAAAGAGCGUCCUCAUCUACAACAACGGCAUGUACCCGCCCCUCUCCCAGCUCGCGUACAUCAAGUUCAUCGGCAUGUUCUACGGCGCGGAACAGGUCGCGAACCGGGUAUACGACGAGAUCGCGGACAGCUAUCGCUGUGCGGCCGCCCAAGUGCAGCAGGCCUUUAUGACGGGCGGCGACGACGACGUGCCCUCCGGGGCGUUCAUCUCGCCCGUGCAGAAGAGCGGCGAGGGCGACGACUUGACCGUGUUCCAGAGCGAGUGGUGGUCCUCCCUGCUAUCGGACGCCGGCUCCAAGCUCGUCAACGUCUCCGCCGACGGCGACACCGCAAACAAGCGCUUCGGGCCCAAGUCGGUCAACGUCCAGGCCCAUAGCGACGCGAGCGCCUUCGCGAAGCAGACGUGGGCCAUCAUCGACACCACGCAGUACGACCAGCUGCCGGGCAAGCGCGCACCCGCGCAGUCGCCGUCGAGCGACCGCGUCGACGCGAAGAGCUAUUCGCAACGCUCUGGUGCCGCGCCAAACGCGUAUGCCGUCAAGAACAACAACGUCUACUUGGUGGACAAGGCUGAAAACAGGAAUCUGCGUCACAACUUCUUCGAUCGGGGCUCUGCCCGACCGGACCUAGCGCUGCGCGAUGUCAUCUCCAUCGUGGCACCCAAGCUGCUCGCGUCGGGCUACACGACGUCGUUCCUCCGCAGCGUGACGAGCCCGGGGGACAAGACGGCGCUGAUCCGGAAGCCAGACGCCUGCCCGGCGCGGGGCGGGGAGGUGGAGGCGCUGCAGCUGGUCCCUUGCGACGCGCCCUCGUGGGUGAAGGGGUACAAGGCGUCGGGGCUCACGGCCAACGCGUACGACCGGCCUGCGGACUCGUCGGUCAAGUCUCUAGCGGCGGGAGGGGGCGGCGGUGGGUUGACGGGCGGGCAGAAGGCUGGGAUCGCGGUCGGGACGGUCUGUGGAGUGGGAUUGGUGGUGGCAGGGGCGGUGCUCGCUGUGGUGUUGGUGAGGAAGCGGCGCAGCAGCAGCAGUAGAGAGGAGGAGGAGGAGCUGCGGAAGAAGCGCGAGAUGGAGCAAGUCGAGAAGGGGUCCACUAACAGCCGGUCGACGAGGUAG